AUGCGUUACUUAACAGACACAAGCAUGGUUGGACAAAACGAUCAGUUGUCUUCUCAAGAGAUCUUCGCCCUGGAAGACAAGUAUGGGUGCCGCAACUACGCCCCCGUGCCUGUUGCCAUUAGCCGCGGCGAAGGUGUUUUCGUUUGGGACGUCGAAGGAAAGAAGUAUUACGACUUUUUGAGCGCAUACUCCGCAGUGAACCAGGGUCACUGCCACCCAAGGAUCAUCGCUGCUCUCAAGCAACAAGCUGAGAAACUCACCCUUGUAUCCAGAGCUUUCUACUCGGAUCAGCUGGGUAAGUUUGAGAAAUUUAUGACGGACCUUCUUGGUUUCGACCGUCUGUUGCCCAUGAACACUGGCGUAGAGGGCGGUGAGAGUGCCUGCAAGAUUGCAAGGAAAUGGGGAUAUGAUGUCAAGAAAAUUCCGGAAGGACAAGCAAAGAUUAUCUUCGCUGAAGGCAAUUUCUGGGGCCGCACGAUGUCUGCAGUGUCAGCAUCAUCGGACCCUAGCUGUUACAAAGGCUUCGGCCCCUACAUGCCUGGCUUCCACCUCAUCCCUUACAACAACACUGAUGCUCUAGAGAAGGCACUUCAAGACCCGAACGUAGCGGCAUUCAUGGUAGAGCCCAUUCAAGGCGAGGCGGGUGUCGUGAUCCCCGACGACGGUUACUUGAGGAAAGUAAGACAGCUGUGUACCAAGUACAACGUCCUUUGGAUCGCCGACGAAGUACAGACCGGUUUGGGUCGUACUGGCAAACUGUUGGCGGUGAACCAUGAAGGAGUCAAGCCUGACAUUCUGAUCCUGGGCAAGGCGCUCAGUGGAGGAGUAAUGCCAGUGUCCGCAGUACUGGCCAACAACAGUGUCAUGGAUGUGAUCACACCCGGUACUCACGGAUCUACAUAUGGAGGCAACCCACUUGCUUGUGCAGUAGCCACUGAAGCUAUUAAGGUGCUGUUGGAAGAGAAACUAUGUGAGAAUGCCGAGAAGCUCGGUAAAAUUCUGGUUGAAGAGUUGAACAAAAUUCCCAAGAACAAGAUCACCACAGUGCGAGGCAGGGGACUCAUGUGUGCCAUCGUUAUUCAUGACAGCAUCUCAGCAUACGACGUUUGCUUGAGGCUGCGUGACGCCGGUAUACUGAUGAAGACCACACACGGACAGACAAUCCGCCUAGCACCACCGCUAGUCAUCACUGAACAACAGAUUCGCGAGGGAGUCAACAUCAUUCGCACAGUACUCGAGAGCUAUGAUAAAUAA